ACUCCGGCUGCUGUGACACUUUGAUGCUUUACAAAUAUGAUGAAAUGGCAGCCCCGGAAGAAGGCCUACUUUCGUCAGGGGGUUGCCCUGCAGUACCUGGGCCGUCACGCCGAUGCCCUGGCAGCGUUCGCCUCCGGUCUCGCCCAAGACCCCAAGAGUCUCCAGCUGCUUGUCGGCAUGGUGGAGGCUGCCAUGAAGUCUCCGCUCAGAGACUCCCUUGAGCCCACCUAUCAGCAGCUACAGAAGAUGAAGCUGGACAAGAGCCCGUUCGUGGUCGUGUCCGUCAUCGGCCAGGAGCUCCUGACCCACGGUUUCCAUGGAGCCUCUGUCGUGGUGCUGGAGGCCGGGCUGAAGAUCGGUACGUGCUCACUGAAGCUGCGCGGCUCCGUCUUCUCGGCCCUGAGCUCGGCCUACUGGUCCUUAGGGAACGCUGAGAAGAGCAUGGCCUACAUGCAGCAGGACUUGGAGGUGACAAAGACUUUAGGUGACCAGUCAGGGGAAUGCCGUGCACACGGGAACCUCGGCUCUGCGCUCUUCUCCAAAGGCAGCUACAGAGAAGCACUGGCCAAUCACAGGAACCAGCUGGUGCUGGCCAUGAAGCUCAAGGACAGAGAAGUACGUGGUUGGUGA